AUGUCUAGCCAGGCCAAUAUAUCCCCAAAGCAGACGCUCAAUCCCCGCCUACGAUAUCCUUCGCCGCCUCCCCAGAGACAACCUACAUGGUCGUUGUCCGAUUCUCCAUUGGAUCCAAUCGGGUCUGAAACUGAUGGAGGUUCGUCUAUCCUGGAGCUUACGGCCCCUUUCGUGGCAAAUUAUAUCGGUCCAGCACCACCCCCCGGGAGCUCGCCGCAUCGUUAUGUGUUUUUCUUGUAUGAGCAGCCGGACGGGUUCAAUGAACAAAAAUAUGCGCCGCGUAAUGGGCAGAAUCUGGGGAAUAUGCAUCGUAUGCGAUAUGAUCUGGACGCCUGGGAGGAGGAGGUUAAGCUAGGACCCGUUCUGGCGAUGAAUUAUUUUAUGAGUAAUUGA